AGACCUCAACCCCUGGGAGCCUCUUCCCUCCCUUGCUGCUGCGUUGACUGAACGUGACAACUCGCUUCUGCAAAUACAUGGAUUAAAACAACUUGUCCUUUAGAAAUGCCUGAACUCAGCAGUGUGGCAGGACCCAGGUCCUCGUGAGAAACCAGCCACAGCUACCCAGGAUGAAACGGUUCUUCUGCACAUAACGAAUCCUCAGCAUUUGAAGCCUGGGUGUGAGAAGGGGCUCAUCUCCAGAUCUGCAAAACUCAGCCCUGCAAAUCCAGUUUGCAGAUGACAUGCAGGAGUUCACCAAGUUUCCAACCAAGACGGGCCGUCGGUCCCUGUCCCGCUCCAUCUCGCAGUCUUCCACUGACAGCUACAGCUCUGCUGCUUCCUACACAGACAGCUCCGAUGACGAGGUGUCCCCCCGAGAGAAACAACAAACCAACUCCAAAGGCAGCAGCAAUUUCUGUGUGAAGAACAUCAAGCAGGCAGAGUUUGGGCGCCGGGAGAUCGAGAUCGCUGAACAAGACAUGUCUGCUCUGAUUUCACUCAGGAAACGUGCUCAAGGGGAGAAGCCUUUGGCUGGAGCUAAAAUCGUGGGUUGUACCCACAUUACAGCACAGACUGCGGUGCUGAUCGAGACGCUGUGUGCGCUGGGGGCGCAGUGCCGCUGGUCUGCCUGUAACAUCUAUUCCACCCAGAAUGAAGUGGCAGCUGCUUUAGCAGAAGCUGGUGUUGCUGUGUUUGCCUGGAAGGGGGAGUCAGAGGAUGACUUCUGGUGGUGCAUUGACCGCUGUGUUAACGUAGAUGGCUGGCAAGCCAACAUGAUCCUGGAUGACGGGGGGGACCUGACCCAUUGGGUUUAUAAGAAAUACCCCAACGUAUUCAAGAAGAUCCGAGGGAUUGUGGAGGAGAGCGUGACUGGUGUGCACAGGCUGUACCAGCUGUCCAAGGCCGGGAAGCUUUGUGUCCCAGCCAUGAACGUGAACGACUCCGUCACCAAACAGAAAUUUGAUAACCUAUAUUGCUGCCGGGAAUCCAUCCUGGACGGCCUGAAGAGGACCACGGAUGUGAUGUUUGGAGGGAAGCAAGUGGUGGUUUGUGGUUAUGGGGAGGUCGGCAAGGGAUGCUGUGCUGCUCUGAAAGCACUGGGAGCGAUCGUGUACGUCACGGAGAUCGACCCCAUCUGCGCUCUUCAAGCUUGCAUGGACGGAUUUCGGGUGGUGAAGCUGAGUGAAGUAAUCCGUCAGGUGGAUGUCGUCAUCACCUGCACAGGAAACAAGAAUGUUGUGACCAGAGAACAUCUGGACCGGAUGAAGAACAGCUGCAUCGUGUGUAACAUGGGCCACUCCAACACCGAGAUCGACGUGACCAGCCUCCGGACCCCGGAGCUGACCUGGGAGCGGGUCCGUUCCCAAGUGGAUCAUGUCAUCUGGCCGGAUGGGAAGCGGGUGGUGCUGCUGGCUGAGGGCCGUCUUCUCAACCUGAGCUGCUCCACGGUUCCCACCUUCGUUCUCUCCAUCACAGCCACCACUCAGGCUCUGGCUCUGAUUGAGCUUUACAACGCUCCCGAGGGCCGUUACAAACAGGACGUGUACCUGCUGCCGAAGAAGAUGGACGAGUAUGUCGCCAGCUUGCAUCUGCCUUCGUUUGAUGCCCACCUGACAGAACUGACGGAUGAUCAGGCGAAAUACCUGGGACUCAACAAAAAUGGGCCUUUCAAACCCAAUUACUACAGAUACUGAUGGACCAUACCCAUGAAGGACCAGACCACACAAGGCAACAUUAGAGAGAUUAUUUUUAAAGAUCAUUGUUAUUUUGGUUUACCUUUUACUUUUUUUUUUUUAAACCAACAAAGGAACCUGUUUUUACAUUUAUCAGUGUGAUUUUUAAGGUCACUUUUUUUUUUUUUUUCUCAGUUUCACCCUUUUACGUGAUCACAUCUCUGUCUGAUCUUGGCAGACAACCUGGGAUUUGCUUCUUGCUUUCAUGUGGCUGAAGCCGCUGGUGGUUCCCAGCCCUGGCUCCCGGGGAGGGUUUCUCUUUCCUGAUGUGCCAGGGGCAGUUCAUUCCUGCAGCGAUUUUUUUUUUUUUAAUUUUUUUUUUUUUCACCUUUCCAGCCUGCGUUAGUCUCGGCCGGGAUCCCUGCAGAUAUGGAGAUGCUGUUCUACCUUAUGUUUCUUUCUUUGUGUGGAUUAUCUGCAACUUCUAAAUUGCCUUAAAGAGCCCAGUUUUAGCUGCUAGAUCAAUGCUCCUAGCACUGUUUAGGAGCAGAGUGGCACCUGCUGGCCACCUCGCGAAUAGGUGACUGUCCCCAAGCCUGGCCAAAGUCCUUGUGCCAAGGUGGCCCAGGUUUGGUGGCCGCUGGCCCAGGUUUGGUGGCCGGCCGGGAAUGGGGGAGUUCACUGUUUCAGGGUGCUAAUCUGAAUUCAGACGGGGGUCGCUUACCCAGCAUUAUCCUCAUCUCUCCUAGGUUUUUUAGCCAAACUGCACCUUAAUUGAGUUAAAACAUCUUUUGUUUGUUUGUUUUUUCCUCUUUUUCUUUUUGAUCCUUAAAGAGAUGUUUUAAGGCGGGGAGGAGGGGAAGCGUCAGGGAUGCAGCUGCCUGCUGUAUGUGGGUGCUCGCUGUGUCUGAGCGGCCCCAUCUCCCACUGAGAGAAGCGCGGCGUGGUUUUAAGAGUGUCUGGGUUUUGGUUGUUUGUUUUGGGUUUUUUUUUUGGGGGGUGGGGGUGGGGUGUGUUUCACUUUUUGUUUUGAGACGGACGCAGAGAUGAGCCUUCCCCCUACCCCAACCUGGGCCCUCUACACCACAGACCUGCGCAAAGUCCUCCGCUGCCCCGGCCCUCGAGCUGGGCUUUUUCAGCCCUUCCCUGCCCUCUCGCAGUGCGUUUCAGCCACUCUCAUCGGUUCAUCCCCCUUUGCCGUCCUCACUGGUGACUUGUUUCUCUUUUCCAUCUCUUACAGCUUGUCCCAGAGCAGGGGAAGCUCCUUGCAACCCAGUGAGGUUUCUCUUGGCUUUUUUUAUCCUCCCCAAAUUGCCUCUUUCUUCCCCCAGCCAAGGCCGGAGUGUGAAGGGAAGGAGGACCCUCGCUGCCUGCAUCUCCCGGUACACAGAUAAUGGAGAUGUUGUGUACCUGUGACUGGGGCUGCUCCUUCACCUCUGGCCACCUCCUCCCACGGACUGGGGCUGCCUUUUUAGUGCUGCCUGGCUGGGUCCCUCCCUGGGGCUUUGCAGGGUUGGGGGUGCUGCUGUUUCCCAGGGGGUGCAAAGCUCAUUUGUGAGGAUGGGAGGAAGGUGGGAGGGGUGCUCAUGGCUCUAAUCACCCUCCUCUCUUCCCCUCAGUCUCCUUCUCCUUGGACUAUUCUUUCUCACCCUGCCCGGUCUCCUCCUGGACUGUUGCUGGGUCACUUGCUCUCCCCACAGAUUUUGGGGAUCACCUGCCUUGCAGGGUUCCCUCUACUCUCCCUUAAACUUCCUGGGGGACUCAAUGCCUGGCUCAGUGAGCUGGGAUGGGGGGGGAGGGGGGAGUGCAAGCAUCCCCCUUCCCUGUGAGGGGACCCACGCUGGGACCCCUGUGCUUGGGGGUCACGGUCCCCCCCUUUCCCAUCCACGUUAGGGUCAGACCUCGGCCUAAGGGCUCCAUCUCUGUAUAAGCCAUGUCAUGGGGGGUGGGGAGCCCGGGGAUGGCGGUGGCAGCGUCGGGCCGGGAGGGAGAGGUUUAUUUUGUAUAUGAAUGAUUUUUAAUGAAUGCAAUAUUAAUCCUUGCAGAUGAGCAAUAAAUCAUUAAAGUCUAAUUAAACUAUUAGGAAAAACAAA